CAGUACUAGGCUAUAUAGCAUGCCAGUGUGGAGUCACUUUGUUUCCUCAGCUGAAGCUUAUAUUUUCUACUUGUGUUUCACCACAGCCUGUGUGGCACAGAGCGCGCAACCACACGUAACCACGGCUUGACACGGCGGGCGCGUGCUCGUGAGCGCGCACACCGGCUAUUGUGAUUUUAUCAACAAGGAGGCCUAACGGGUAACGGAGCCAGACAGGUGAACGACAACAUCCUGCCAAACCAUGGCGGACGAACAAGAAAUAAUGUGCAAAUUAGAAAAUAUCUUGGAAAUACGGAAUAAGACCAUCCAGAUGCAGAAGAUUAAGUCUCGUCUGAAGAUUGAGUUUGAGGCUCUGGAGUCCGAGGAGAAACAUCUGAAAGAGUACAAACAAGAGAUGGAUCUCCUUCUACAAGAGAAAAUGGCACAUGUGGAAGAGCUGCGGCUCAUCCAUGCAGAUAUAAAUGUGAUGGAGAGCACCAUCAAGCAGUCGGAGAAUGAUCUGAAUAAGCUACUAGAAACAACUCGCCGUCUGCAUGAUGAGUACAAACCUCUGAAGGAUCAUGUUGAUGCCCUCAGGAUGACUUUAGGUCUACAAAGACUCCCUAACCUGAACGAAGAAGAGGAGAAGCUCUCUCUGGAUUACUUUGAGAAGCAGAAAGCAGAAUGGCAGAAGGAGCCGCAUGAGCCUGCCAUCCCAGAGUCGCUCGCUGCUGCUGCAGCAGCAGCACAGCAGCUCCAGGUGUCCAGGAAGCAAGAUGCUCGCCAGACAGCUACCUUCAGGCAGCAACCCCCACCUAUGAAGGCCUGUCUGUCCUGCCACCAGCAGAUUCAUCGUAACGCUCCCAUUUGCCCACUGUGCAAGGCCAAGAGCCGCUCACGCAACCCAAAGAAGCCCAAGAGGAAGCCAGAUGAGUAGCUGCUCAUCCACCUUCAUCUUCAGUAGGGUUUCAAGGGAACUGGUCCAAUACACUGACUGAAGAUCAGCCACGUACAUCAUAUAUGGCUGAAGUAACAGAUCAGUGCUUCAGGACAAUUGCCUCAUUCAGUCCUCUCUUUACCACCUUGUCUUAGUAACCUGACAACUGAUGAUCUGAUAAUGUCAUUCUGUUCUAUGUUUUUAUCGGUGCUUUGGAUGUGUUUAUAUGUAGUUGUAUAACUUCCUUUGUCUUUGUAGUAUCAUUAGCCCCUAAACAUUGUAACUGCAGUAAUGCAAAAACUAACUUGAUAAAGUGUCCAAAUAAAUUUGUUUAUUUUGCUAUUUGUUUAUUGCCUUAGAUAUUGUACUGUAAUUCCUAAAUUUCUGCAUUGCAUGCAUGCUUCCAUGGCUAUCUGUUAUGUAUUAUUUGUGCCAAUGUAAAAUCAAAUAGAUUUAAACAAAACACAAUGUUGUUUUAAUGUUUACAGUGUUAAAGUGACCACAAACUGGACAAAAAAAAAGUCAUACAUUUGCUCUGAAUAGUGUUGUGUUAAAACUUUAAUAUAGUAAUAAAUGGCUGUUUUAUAA